AUAUUCGAAUUUCGAGCUUCGGUGUAACGGACGCGCGCGGAGCUUUUAUUUUUAAAAAUAAAACAUUUUCGGCAAGCAUUCCAUGUAGUUGAUACUUUUUGGUUAAUGAAUAAUUAAUAAAAAUUCAAAUUUCGAAUUUAAAAUGUUGUUAUAGAGUAAUGCAAGGAUAUGUUUAAAAAUAGUGUUUCACGAAAAUCAGGUGCAGAGCUAAAGCUCUGUGUAUUUCGGUGACAUAUCGCUGGCCUCGGCUCGGACAUAGUUUUGGCGGGAUUCGUGUUUUUUUUUUAUUGUGUCGUUUUAAGUGAUAAAGUGAUAAAGGUGAUUCCAUUUAGCUUUGGAUUUUUUUUAGAAAUCGGUACUCAUGGAAACUCAAACACAAGAACCAACUACUCCAGAUCCUCUAGCCCCUGACACUGGGCAGGCAGCAGCAGCUCCACGAAAGCAACCUCGACCUCGCGGCAAACAACAGCCUGAGAGACCAAAGAUCAGUUUGUUUUGUUUAGGCCUCAAAAAUCCAAUAAGGAAACUAUGCUAUGAUAUUGUGGAGUGGAAACCAUUUGAGUAUAUGAUCCUCACCACGAUAUUCGCCAACUGUAUUGCGCUGGCUGUCUUCACACCAUAUCCGUCAGGAGAUACGAAUAAUACUAAUCAGAUUUUGGAAAAAGUAGAAUGGGUAUUCAUGGGAAUAUUUACGGGGGAAUGUGUGAUGAAAAUUAUCGCUUACGGGUUCCUGAUGCACCCCGGAGCAUACUUGAGGAACGCCUGGAACAGUUUGGACUUUACGAUAGUAACUAUAGGCGUAGCGAGUCAGUUACUUCAGUUCAUCUCAAAAGAUCUAUUUGACGUUAAAGCAUUGAGGGCCUUCAGAGUUCUUCGACCUCUAAGGCUGGUAUCUGGAGUACCCAGUCUUCAGAUAGUGCUAAACUCAAUAUUAAAAGCGAUGAUACCAUUAUUCCAUAUUGCGUUUCUGGUACUCUUCGUUAUCAUCAUCUACGCUAUUAUCGGACUUGAGCUGUUCUCCGGCUCACUUCACGAUACCUGCUUCGACAAUGCCACAGGUUUAAUGGUGGAUGACCCUACCCCUUGUUCUCGCGAGGCUGACGUAGGGAACCAAUGCGAAGAGGGACAAAUUUGCAAGCCGUACUGGGAAGGACCCAACUAUGGUAUCACCAACUUUGACAACAUCGGGUACUCAAUGCUGACUGUGUUCCAGUGCAUAACCCUGGAAGGAUGGACAGAUAUUAUGUACGCGAUAGCUGAUGUAAAAGGCAACACUUGGGUGUGGAUUUAUUUUGUAACACUCGUUAUAUUUGGCAAUUUCUUCGUCAUGAACCUGAUUCUUGGUGUGUUGUCUGGUGAAUUCUCAAAAGAAAGAGAAAAGGCAAAGAAUCGCGGUGACUUUCAAAAGUCACGAGAGAGACAGCAGUUUGAAGAAGACCUGAAGGGUUAUCUGAAUUGGAUUACAGUGGCUGAGGAGUUGGACCUCGAGAAUGACCCAGGCCAAAAACAGGAUCAAGAUUCUCAGGGCAAUAAAAAGGAAAGAAAGAACAAUGACGGUUCGGAGGUCAAUUUGGAUGCAAAUGGCGAGCCACAAAAGACUACAACAUGUAAAAUUUAUUGCAAACGAUUUGACAAAAUAAACCGGCGCAUGCGCAGAGCGUGUCGGAAAUCCGUCAAGUCCCAGACGUUCUACUGGGCCAUUAUAGUACUUGUAUUUUUGAACACAAUGGUACUAGCCACGGAACAUUAUCAACAACCGCCCUGGCUGGAUCACUUCCAGAAUUACGCCAACUAUCUGUUCGUGGUUCUGUUUACAAUGGAGAUGCUGGUAAAGAUGUAUGCGCUGGGCAUCCAGGGGUACUUCGUGUCGCUUUUCAACAGGUUCGACUGCUUCGUGAUGGUCUGUUCCAUCUUAGAGCUUGCCCUCACCAUAUCAGGCACCAUCCCACAGCUGGGCAUAUCCGUGUUGCGUUGCGUGCGCUUGUUGAGGGUAUUCAAAGUUACUAAGUAUUGGCGUUCACUCUCAAACUUGGUAGCUUCUCUCCUCAACUCCAUCCAGUCAAUAUUCUCUCUCCUACUGCUGCUUUUCCUCUUCAUCAUGAUAUUCGCGUUGUUGGGUAUGCAGGUGUUUGGAGGAAGGUUUGACUACGCGCCAGAAGAACAAAAGGAGAGACAUAACUUUGACUCUUUUUGGCAGGCUGUACUGACAAUGUUUCAGAUACUGACAGGAGAGGAUUGGAACGUGGUGAUGUAUCACGGCAUUAACGCUUAUGGCGGCGUAGGCUCACCCGGCAUGCUUGCUUCCAUAUAUUUUAUCAUUAUCUUUAUCUGUGGUAACUAUAUUCUUCUCAACGUGUUCUUGGCUAUUGCCGUCGAUAAUUUGGGUGAUGCUGAAGAUAUGGAUGAGGAGAUUGUUAAAGAAAAAGAAGGUGCAGACAACCCGGAUGCGGGUAAUCCUCAGCUAGAUGAAGGGAGAGCUGAAACAGAUGAUGAAUACGCAAACGACGAAGAAGGCUACUCUAGUGAUGGCAAAAAACGUAGAAAGUACAAGAGAGUUGCAAGGUCUGAGAAUGAAUAUGAAGAAACUGGAUCAGAAGAAGAAAUUGAAGAGCAGAUAGAAGAAGACAUUAACGCAACGAGUGCUCUGGUUACCGCUGAGAAGAAACAAAAUGGAGACAUAACCAAGGAAGAGCCACCCGAACCUCCAAAAAUGACUAUAUCAGCUCGGCCGAGAAGACUGUCUGAAGUGGAAAUCAAAACCCAGGAAAAGCCAAUCCCUGAGGGGACCAGCUUCUUUAUAUUCUCCAAAGAUAACUGGUUUCGAGUGUCUUGUUAUAAGGUUCAGAACAACUCGUGGUUCCGAAAUCUGAUACUUUUAUGUAUUUUGGCAUCAUCUCUAAUGUUGGCAAUGGAAGAUCCUGUCGGAGGAAAAGGUAGCGAAGUUAAGUCUGAGAUUCUGCGUAAGAUCGACUAUUUCUUCACGACGGUGUUUACAAUCGAGUUAAUGUUGAAGUUGAUCACGUACGGCUUUGUUCUUCACAAGGACGCCUUUUGCAGAUCAGCGUUCAAUCUGCUGGACCUUCUUGUUGUCAUCGUGUCUUUGAUAUCUCUGUCAUCAUCAUCAAAUAACGUUUCAUUUAUAAAGAUUUUGAGAGUAUUUCGAGUUCUACGUCCUCUGCGUGCCAUAAACAGGGCUAAAGGACUAAAGUACGUGGUCAAGUGUGUGUUUGCUUCGAUUAAAUCAAUUGGGAACAUUCUGUUGAUAAAUCACAUGUUGCAAUUUAUGUUUGCAGUGUUGGGUAUACAGUUGUUCAAGGGUAAAUUCUUUAGCUGUACAGACAUUACCAAAGUAACGUCGGACGAAUGUCGGGGUUCCUAUUUGGUCUAUGAAAAUAACAAGCCCCAGAUUAAAGAUAGAGUUUGGCAGAAAAAUAAGUUUAACUUCGACAACGUACUUAAUGGAAUGCUUACACUUUUCACAGUCUCCACUUUUGAAGGUUGGCCUGACUUGCUGUCAAAGUCUAUGGAUUCAAAUGACGAAGACCACGGUCCCAUAGAGAACUCAAGACCACUUGUAGCUUUCUUCUAUAUAAGUUAUAUCAUUGUGAUAGCAUUCUUUAUGGUGAACAUAUUCGUUGGUUUCGUCAUAGUAACAUUCCAGAAGGAAGGUGAACAGGAAUUCAAGGACUGUGAGCUUGAUAAGAAUCAACGGAAUUGUAUCGAGUUCGCGCUCAAAGCUAAACCAGUUAGAAGAUAUAUACCAAAGCAUCGCAUCCAGUAUAAGACAUGGUGGUUCGUGACGUCAGAGCGUUUUGAGUUCGUCAUCUUCUUCUUCAUCGUUCUUAACACUGUGGCCUUAAUGAUGAAAUACCACAAUGCCGAGCCAAUAUAUAAAAAGGUCCUGGAUUAUCUAAACAUGAUGUUGACAACUGUGUUUAUGCUGGAGUUUGUGUUUAAAUUAGCUGCUUUUAGAUUUAAGAAUUACUUCGGAGAUGCAUGGAAUACUACUGACUUUAUAUUAGUAGUGGGUAGUAUAAUAGAUAUCGUAGUAACACAGGUGAAUGAAAAUAAACUACCGACUGAGCUUCUAGGAGCAACCACAAAGAGCAAGGAGGGCACACUCCUAAAAUACAUAACAUUCUUCCGGUUGUUCCGAGCUAUGAGGCUGAUAAAGUUGCUGUCGAGAGGAGAGAGAAUCCGUACGUUAUUGUGGACCUUCAUCAAGUCAUUCCAGGCAUUGCCAUACGUUGCUUUGCUGAUCGUGCUGCUGUUCUUUAUAUACGCUGUGGUGGGGAUGCAGUUAUUCGGCAAGAUCGAACUGGAUGAUGAUAUAAUAACGAGGAACAACAACUUCCAAACGUUUGGUGGAGCUCUGAUGGUUCUGUUCAGAUCUGCUACAGGCGAGGCGUGGCAAGAGAUAAUGAUGGCUUUAUCACCGAACGAUGAUGAGCACCCUGGUGAAGCAGUGACCUGCAUCAAGCCAGAGGGUGACAACUCCACCCUGAUAGAGGAGUGUGGUACCAGACUGGCUUUCCCCUACUUUAUAUCGUUUUCUUUAUUGUGUACUUUCUUGAUCAUCAACUUAUUCGUGGCUGUAAUAAUGGAUAACUUCGAUUAUCUCACAAGAGACUGGUCCAUUCUUGGACCGCACCAUCUCGACGAGUUCGUCAGGCUGUGGAGUGAAUAUGAUCCGGACGCGAAAGGCAGAAUAAAGCAUUUGGACGUCGUGACACUGCUGAGGAAGAUAAGUCCUCCCCUGGGUUUUGGCAAACUAUGCCCCCAUCGGACUGCUUGCAAGCGACUGGUCUCAAUGAACAUGCCGCUCAACUCUGACGGCACAGUCAAUUUCAACGCGACUCUCUUUGCUGUUGUCAGAACACAACUCCAGAUCAAAACUUCAGGUGUAAUAGACGAAUGCAAUACUGAGCUCAGAGCCAUCAUCAAGAAGGUCUGGAAGAGGACCUCGCCUAAACUCUUGGACCAAGUCGUCCCCCCACCAGGGGAUCCUAACGAGAUCACAGUUGGAAAGUUUUACGCUACUUUCCUAAUACAGGACUAUUUUAGACGAUUCAGAAAAAGAAAGGAACAGGCUGCCGCAAAGAACAAUCAGACGACGUUACAGGCUGGUCUGAGGACUCUACAUGAGGCUGGGCCAGUGCUGAAGAGAGCUAUCUCCGGUAACCUGGAUGAAGUGGUGAUAGAAGCUGUUGAGCCUAUGCACAGGAGAAAUCACACUCUAUUUGGUGCAGUCUGGACUAGUAUCAAAAAAGGUGGUGGCAGUCUUUAUACGCCACGCAAGCCGUCAAAAACGUCUAUGGUCAAAUCUAUGUCUGCUAAUGGUGAUAAGAGUAUGUCCCUUAGUUUAAUGAUGCAACGUGAACUUGGCAUGGACGGAAAAAUACCAGAAGAUGAGAGUAAAUACGAUGAUAAUACAAGUGAGGGUGAAGAGGAGAUCGCAAUGCAACCACUUUUGCACGGAAAGGACUCUGAGAAAAUUUUCAGAGUUAUCGAACAAACAUCAAACGAUUUAAUGCAGAAAAUGAGAAACAAUUAUCGUGACAUCACGCCCAAACCGAACAACAAGCCUUAUUGUGUGGAGAAACCAGCCGAGACUCUUAUUGCUCGAGUUCUGAGAGAGCAGGGACUGGGCAAGUAUUGUGACGCAGACUUCCUGCAGAGCACCUCCAGAGAGAUGCAGGAGGCGCUAGACCUCACACAAGAGGAAAUGGACACCGCUGCUAAUCAAAUUAUCUUGCAAGAAAGAAAAAUGGAUAAACCGCAAAAUAAUUACGGUGAUAUGGAAAGCAUACUAUCGCGGCAGUAUCAUCCGUUUCACCAACCCCCAGCGCAACCUCCGCCAAGGAAGACAUAGUCCAAAAUCGUUACAGCUGGGUUUCGUUUCACCCACACGGGUUGACAACCGCGUGGGUUUUUUUUGGGUUGAUCCCUUCGGCUUAGCUUUGAGAGCUUCAGGGUUUUUGGGUGUGCCGGAGUUGUUUUUUGGCAUUUUUGUAGUUUUGAUAGCAUGUAAAGUAUAUUUGUUUUAAAAAUAUAUUUUUAUAUUUAGAAUGAUUAUAAGAUUUUUGAUUAUAAUUAUUGUUUGUGAAUCUAUUUAUUAUUGCUUUUUAAUAUGUAUCGUUAGGGCCUGUAUGUAUAAAUGUUUGAAUGGAACAAUGGCGUUGUGCCUUAUUUAUUGAAAGAGUGAAAUUUUAUCAUACAACUUAUAUGUUAUACUUUUUCUGUGCCAAGUUGAAAAUUGGAGUUGUUAAAUGUUUAAAAUAUAAUCUUUAUACAUAAAAGAUAUACGAUUCCUAUACAUGCUUAGAGUAAAGGUAAUAUAGAAAUUUUUGUAACAGCUUUUUAGUAGUAGAAUAAAAUUAGGAGAUUUUUUGACAAAAAAUUGAACGCAAUGUUAUUACAGUGAUUAUUCGGAUAUCAAAUUUACGUACGUAUUUGAGUACGUUUUGAUUCUAAGUUGUGAAUACUCCCUGUAAAUCUGUGUCGCUAACAAGGCUCAAGCCUCACUGGGAAAGAAAAUACACUUACCACGAUUAAGUUUAUGACACUAAACUUGUCCCAUUUCCCGCAAGAAAGAAACUAUCAAUCUAUUUAUGGCUCAAAAACCGUGCAACAAAUAGGGAUUCCAUGUUAAUAAAAGGGACACACAUAUAAGACGAAGACUAAGAAUAUACAUGAGCAUAGACGGUGUGACAGCCCGAUAAUAUGUUUAAUAAUCAAAAUACUAUGGAAUUAAGCGCUUAUUAUACUUCACUAUGAAUUCAUUCGUUACUGAAUAUUGACAAUUGGUUUUAAUUAUAAAUUAAUUUAGGAAAUCCUCAUCUAUCAUCAAUUUUAGGCAAUCAUCCUAAAUUCAAAAAUAUGGAUGGUUUCUGACUGACUAAAUCAUUUAAAAGCCUAAUAAGAAAGGAAUUUAGGAAGGUGUAAUCCCAUUAAGUUACUAAUUUCAUUCGCUCAUGGCUCUUCUUGCCUGGAGGACGUAUAUAUUUGUUGUGUUCCCGAAUAAUUGUAAUAGGCGAACAAGUUUCAGGGAUAAUUUUUGUCAACGGGGGUUGGGAUAUAAAAGAACUAAAUUAUUAAUGUUGAUAUGAAUUUCCUAUUUAAAUUGAGCGAACGCUAGCCGUUCGCUCAAUUUAGUAAAGGCUAUUUAGUAAUUGGCUAGGUAAAAGGCAAUUUUUGGUGUCUGGCGGCUCUUUCUACUGCAGUGAGAGUCAUUGGCCAUCGCGCUCGUACACUCGAUAUAAAAUCGCCCAGCCACAAAACUCUCGGAACUAUACUCGAAUACAACGACCUGGCCACGACACAGUCGUCAUAGCGACUAUUCGCGCGGUGCGAACCGUGAAGCGUCUAGAAUAAAUGUGCGAACGGGGAAACAUCUAGCCACUAGAGUAAAUGUAUCUAAAUGUACUCAUGUAUGCCUUUGUAACCAUAUAAUGUCAGUAUCAAGACACGCGCUGCAGUGAACGGUGAAGUGACCGGCGAAAUUUACCGAGUGAACCGCGCGGACAACUGAUAGCGCGGCGGAUGGGGGCGGUUUGUCCUUUGCACGGCACAUGCCCGUGGCCAGGUCGUAACAACAAGCUGUGUUUCAAGUUUUGACUCUUCUUGUUCAUCACUGGCAAUAUUGCUUGUGAUGAACAAGAAGAGUCACAGUAUUCAAAUAUUUUACUGGGAAUAAAUAUGAUUAAAAUCACAUUCACCAAUGUUUAACUCACAAAAUUCACGUUCUACUUCGUAGAGUAAAAUGAAAAGUUAAAACUAAACAUCGGUAGGAGCUCCUAGUGCUCGUAAAUUUGCCACGUUGUAGCUUUGAUGUACUCAGUGUCCACUAAUUUGGUAUAUCUUCAUAAUUGAAUUGAAUAAUUUUAUACUCUUGUAGUAAACAUGAUUGAUGACCAUCGCAAAGCGAUUUUGAUUAAACCCAAUAUAUUUUUAAUAUACGAAUGUAAAUUAAAAACGUACAGUUUAAUAUUAUAUAAGUUUAUAUCAUACCAAUUGCAAAAUGCUUCUAUUUAUUGAGUGUUGUGUAAUUUUUAAAUUUGUAUGAACUAUAUUUAUACAUAAUAAAUUUGUUAUAAUGUUUAA